AGUUGCUGUCAUACCCAUAAACAUGUUUAUGAUUAUAUCAUGUUAAUUAUAUCAUAGUACAAGUGCUGUUGCUUCGUAAACAAAGAUAAUUACAUAUUUCUAUCAAAACCGCGAUCAAAAUUAAAAAGGUGGCAGCAUAAUAUGACGCUGAUAGUAUUAUUUAUUAUAAUAUAAUAUUAUCGUCGUGUUAUAUGACAACAGUUACAAUUUACAAAUAUAGUUUACUGUAAUUUGUUAUUUUUAUAUCUAAUGGUGUAAACGGCAUAAAGUAUUAGUGUAUUUAACAAAGCAUGUUUCUUUGCGUUUAACUAACAUUUUGAAUCGAUCAGAGAAGUAAAUAUGUGUAAUAUCUUACCAUAGUAGUUUUAGGCGUUUUAGCGCGAAAUUUGUCUUUAUAUUAAUUAUUCAAUUUGUAUUUUUUUAUUACUUUAAUUUACAUAAUUUUACAAGAUUAACUUUUAAAUAAUGUAUCAACAAUAAUUUUUAAUUUAAUAUUUUGUAUUUACUACAACAAAAUUAACACCAUACUAUAAUUUAAAUUAAUAAUGUAUCAACUCCGUUAUAAUUAAUUCCCAUAAUGACUUGAAUCUUCUAUUUAUUGAAAAUCCAAAUUAUCAAAUUAUGCUAACUGUCUUGUCCUGCUUCUCCAAAUUUCUACUCUGGUUUUUUUACUUAUCCUUAGUCUCUUUCCUUCAAGUGGUAUUCUCCAUUGAUCAAGCCAAUUGUUAACUUAUUCUAGAUUUUCUCCUAUAAAAGCUAAAUCAUUUGCAAAGAUCAUGUACCAUGAUUCCUCCUCUCAUGUUGUCCUCACCCACAUCUAUGAUCCACCAGUCUUGUUUUGACUCAUAAUCUCAUAAUCUCGACAAAACUGUACACCGUUUGUCCACCUGACAACCCAUUUGUUACCUCUUAUGUCACUUAGAGGUACUGUGGUAGUAUUCUGAUCAAAUUAUCAAGUGAUGUUACUUAUGUUAUAUUAUUUAUAUUAGAUAGUAAUCAUGUUUAGUUGUUCCUAUAAUAGUGUAAAAGUAUAACAAAUAAUCAUUAAUUUUUAUCUUUAUAUAAACUAUUAAAUUGUUAAUUAGUAAAUUGUUUGCACUUAUAUUUCUGUCAAUAUAACUUAAUAUGCUCAUUUAAAUGUUGGAUACCUACACGUUCAAUAGAUAUUUUUGUAUAUGAUAAGGGAAUUUUAAUUUAAACUAAAAGUAUUACAUUGUAUUGUAUUAAUUUAACUCAAAUUUGAAACACAGUACAUAAAUUAGGUCUCUUAUUCUAUAAAAAAAUUGAUUACAAUUUAUAUUUGUUUUGUUGUUACCCAGGUACAGAUAAAAAGCAAACAUGCAUCGGAGUAUAGGUAAAAGAAUUCGUAUGGAUGAUCCUCCUCCAAUGGAAUAUGAUAUUCCAUCCACCCCAGGUAGUUCUAUUCAUCCAAGUCCCAUGACUCCUAGUCGGUCAGAUUAUCAGGAACAUUACAACCCUUAUGCAAAUUAUCAUAAUGUCCAAACACCAAGGUAAAAAAAUAAUCUACUAAAUAAAAAUUAAUAUUGAUUUAUAAAACAUUAUUUUUCUAGAUCUGAUGCGUUUAUUGAUCAUUAUCAAGAACCUGCGACAUCAGACAAUCAUUAUGAACAAAUGCCAGUUAUUCAACAAUCACAAUCUAUGUCAUAUGAAAUUGCCCCUCCUCAUGUAUCUCCAUCUAUUAAUGAAGAAGUAAAUGUACAGGGACACCAGUCUCCUAAAAUACCAGUUCAUGAUGCAAUGUCUAAUUUAAAUUUGGAAAAUCAAAUUCCAUCUACAAGUGGUGGUAUUGUUGAUUCACCGAGCAGUGGUCGGAUGACUAGAGCAAGAACCAGAGGUAUAUAUGUCAUAUGAUACGCUAAUAAUAUAAUUCUUUAAUUAUCUUAUGUUCUUACUAAUGUAGGAGCCCAAUAUCCUGCUCAGCAAUCUACUCUGUCGCCAUCACCACCUCCAGAAAAGAAACCUGAAAAAAGAAAACCAGGAAGACCGCCUGGCAGACCACCAGGGUCAAAAAAACAGCCUGUUCAAGUACAACCUGUAGAUUUGCAACUAGAAAAUGAUUUGACUCUGUAUGGCUCAUUAAGAAAUGGCCGUGUUUCUUUACAGGUAAAAUAAUUUAGUUUUUAUUAUUAUUUAAAUAUUAUAGAUAUAAAUUCAGACGUAAUCAUAAAAAAAAAAUCAAACCAAAUAUUAUUAUUGAUAAAAUCAUUAUUUUUUUUCUCUAUACAAAGUAGGGUUUUAUUAAUGUUAUUGAAAAAACAACAAAAAAUUAUGCAACAUAAUGACAUAUCUGAAUCGUUAUUUAAGCAUUACCUUAUUUUAAGAUAAUUUAAUUCAGUGACUUAAAUACUAAAUUCUUCAAAACUCAUUGUAUUCCUGUUAGUCACUAUAUAUCUUUGCUUAGUUAAUGUGUUUAUAUAAGCUAGAUUUAAGAGUGAAAUGGUCAUAGUAGUUGUAAUAGUAACUGUAAGCAUUUUUUUUUUUUUUUUAAUAUUGAUGCAAUAUUUUUAUUUGGAGUUAGGUUACUGUUGAUGAUUGGAUUGAACAAUAUAAAAUAAACAGAGAUGAUGCACUUUUGGUAUUGAUGCAAUUCUUUAUUAAUGCUGCUGGUUGUAAAGGAGUUAUUACACCAGCUAUGUCUGAAAAUAUGGAACAUGCAGCUAUUAUUAGGAAAAUGACAGAAGAAUUUGAUGAAGUAAAAUUAUUACUGUUAUUUUUUUUUAAUAUUUGUAUUUAUUAAGUGUUUUUCCAUUUUUACUUUUAGGAAAGUGGAGAAUACCCUCUUAUUAUGAGUGGUAUUCAAUGGAAAAAAUUUCGAUCCAAUUUUUGUGAUUUUGUUGCUCAACUUGUUAAACAAUGUCAAUAUUCUAUUAUAUAUGAUCAAUAUUUAAUGGACAACAUGAUAUCUCUUUUAACUGGAUUAUCAGACUCUCAAGUUCGAGCAUUCAGACAUACAGCUACACUUGCUGGUACUUUAUAUUUGCUUACUAUUAAUGUAAAUAGUAUAUUUACAAUAUAAUUCUCCAUCAUUUUCAGCUAUGAAAUUAAUGACUGCUCUGGUAGAUGUUGCAUUAAUUGUUUCUGUAAAUUUGGAUAACACUCAACGUCAGUAUGAAGCUGAGCGUCAGAAAGCUCGAGACAAAAGAGCAAGUGAUCGUUUAGAAACUUUAAUGUCUAAAAGACAAGAACUUGAAGAAAAUAUGGAUGAAAUUAAAAAUAUGUUAACAUAUAUGUUUAAAUCUGUAUUUGUUCAUAGAUACAGGUAAUCUAAGUAAUGAGAAAAGAAAUAUGAAUUAAAAAAUAAUAAUUUUUAUUUUAAAUUCAAAACCAUAGGGAUACUUUACCUGAAAUUAGAGCUAUAUGUAUGGCUGAAAUUGGAGUUUGGAUGAAAAAGUUCCAUCAAAAUUUUUUGGAUGAUUCUUAUUUAAAGUAUAUUGGUUGGACUUUGCAUGAUAAAGUUGGUGAAGUGCGAUUAAAAUGUUUGCAGGUAAUGAAUUUAUUUUUGUUUUAUUCAAAAUACAAUGAAUAAUAUUGCAUAUUAAAUAACAAAUGUAACAUAAUUAAAACAAAAAAACUGACAUUCUUUUCAUGAUGAAUGGGCCAUUGUAGGUGAGAAGUUGAAUGUAGAGGGAAAUUUAAUGUACAUCUAUACGCAAAAAUUAAUCUUUGAUUACAAAAAACGUUGUGCAGAGUUAUAUAUGUUUUGAAAGUCUGUAAUAUUUACCAUUAGAAAAUAAUAAAUUUGGUACAUUAUCUUAGUUUUUCCUAUUUAUUAUGAAAACUCCUGGGAGAAUAAAAAAAAUUUCCUUUCUUAAGUACCAAUCUCAGUUUCAGAAAAAGUGAUACACUUGAAAAAUGAAACAAAAUACCAGGUAGAAAAGUUGUUCUCCAAAGAAAAAACAUAGAUUUUUAUAAAACCAAUACAUUCCUCGCUCUAUUCAGCAUCUAAAACAACUAGAUUUAUAAAAUACAUAAAAUAUGAAUGUUCUAUUUUUGUAUAUGCAUAACAAAUUUUCGAACUUAUAAUUUAUAAUAUUAUACUAUAAAUAUUAUUGAACAAUUAAGGCAUGGUUUAAGUCGAAUUGUACUGUGCUUGGCUUUUUUUAACUUUUAAACUAUUUAUUUUUUUUUAAAAACAGUACUAAUAAACUUUUUAAAAUUGAUAAUUGUUUGUAGGCAUUGCAACCUUUAUAUGCAUCUGAAGAAUUGAAAAGUAAAUUAGAACUUUUCACUAGUAAAUUUAAGGAUAGAAUUGUUGCAAUGACUUUGGAUAAAGAAUAUGAUGUAGCAGUCCAAGCCGUUAGAUUGGUCAUCAGUAUUUUAAAGUACAUAUAUACAUAACUUAUGUUAAAAAAUUGUUUAAGUCUAAUUAUCAUAAUAUUAAUAAUAUUUUAUUUAAUAUAAUUAGACAUCAUCGUGAUAUCUUAUCUGAUAAAGACUGUGAACAUGUAUAUGAACUUGUUUAUUCUUCACAUCGUGCUGUUGCUCAAGCUGCUGGGGAGUUUUUAAAUGAACGUUUAUUUAAGCCUGAAGAUGAUACAAAAACUGUGAGAACAAAACGAGGAAAAAAACGUUUACUUAAUACACCAUUAAUAAGAGAUUUAGUUCAGUUUUUCAUUGAAUCUGAAGUAAAAUUUUGUCAUUAGAUAUAAUAAUUAUUAAUUAUAUAGAUAUAAUUUUAAUUUUUAAAUGACUUUAGUUACAUGAACAUGGAGCUUAUUUAGUUGAUUCUCUUAUUGAUUCUAAUGAAAUGAUGAAAGAUUGGGAAUGCAUGACUGAUUUAUUAUUAGAAGAACCUGGUCUAAGUGAAGAGAGAAUGGACGAUAGACAAGAAACUAGUUUGAUUGAGUUAAUGGUAUGUUGUAUUAAACAAGCCGCAACUGGGGAAGCACCUGUUGGACGAGGACCGAAUCGAAAAGUAAUAAUCAAGAUCAUCUUAUAUUAAUUAAAUUUAACAUUUCAUGAGUAGAAUAAUUGCAUAUAUAUUUAUAAUAUUUAAAAUAAUGAAUUGUAUAGUGCCAUAAUAAUAAUCAUUAGGUGUACAAAAAUACCAAAAUCUAAUAAAAUUGUAUAAUUAAUUAGAUGAUGUCUGUAAAAGAAAUUAAACAAGUGCAAGAUGACAAACAGCGACUUACUGAACAUUUUAUAAAAGUAUUACCACCAUUAAUUGAUAAAUAUAGAGCAGAUGCUGACAAGCUAAUUAAUUUGUUAUCCAUACCUCAAUACUUUGACUUGGAUAUUUAUACAACAUCAAGACAAGAAUCUGUAAAUAGAUUGAUUAUUAUUUAUAAGUUAUAAGUAUUAUUUAUUUUUUUAUUUUUACAGAAUUUAGAUUUAUUACUUAAAAAAAUACAUUUGGUUACUGAUAAACAUCAGCAUGAUGAAGUUCUUGAAACUUGUGCUAAAACAUUGGAAAUACUUUGUUCGAAAAACAAUUCUACAUUAGCAACCAGAUGUAGUGUUCAAAAAAGUACUCUAAUGGAUACCAUUACAAAUAAACAUAGAGAAGCUAUGGAUGACUGGAACAAUCUUAUUGAAGGAGUAAGCAAAUUUUUUUAACACAAAAUUACUAAUUUACUUUCAUUCAUUAAUGUAAUUUUGUACACAUUAUUUAGAAUGAAAAACCCGAUGAUGAUGAAAUCUACAAUGUGGUUAAUAGUAUGAAAAAAAUAUCUAUAUUUUAUGCAUGUCAUAAUUUGGGACCAUGGAAUUUAUGGGAUAUAUUGUUCAAAGACUUAAAAAUGGCCCAUGAAGGUUCAAAACCAUUACCAGAAGAAGUAAUAUUAUUUUAUAAUGUACCUUUAUAAUUUAUUUAAUAAAUUUUUAUGUUCCAUAAGGCUAUUAAAUAUAGUAUUUCUGCAUGUAUGUUUGCUACAAUGUGGGAAUUACACAGCAUUGAAACUAUUUUGGAAAAUGGACGUAAUGAAAAUAUUGAAGAACAGGUGCUGCAAGUUAAAAAUAAACUUUUUGAUUUUAUGGAUGUUCUCCGUGGGAUUUUAGCACAUUCUACAAAUCCUUUAUUCAAAGAAGAGGUAAUGUUUUACUUGUCAGUCAUUAAAUAAUAGAACAUUUAUUUUUAACACAUUUAAUUUUUUUUUUAUAGGCUUACAUAUCAAUAUGUGAUUUACUAGUUGUAUUUUGUAAUCAAUUGGGUAUUAAACAUGAUCCAGUUUUAGAAAAUCUGGUAUAUGAUUCAGAUAAAGAACUUCAAGAUCUGUUAAAUAAUUUUAUACAAAAAAAUGUGUUUGUUUAUGAAGAGGAAGGUAAUAAAUAAAUUAUCUUAUGUAGUAUAUUUUUAAUUUUUUUUAAAUCAAGAAAUUUUUUGUUUAAUUUUUUAUUUGGUUAUAAAUAGGUGUUCAAGAUGAACAUUCAAAAAUUGAAGAAUUACAUAAAAGACGAAAUUUUUUAGCCUCUUAUUGUAAACUAAUUGUAUAUGGAAUGAUUCCUGUUACUUGUGCCGCAGAUAUAUUUAAGCAUUAUGUCAAGGUAUACUUUUAAUAUUGAUUAUAUUUAAAUAAUUAAUGCUGUUAUUGCUCAUUUUUAGUCAUAUAAUGAGUAUGGAGAUAUUAUUAAAACAACUAUUGGAAAAGCUCGUGAAAUUAAUAAAGUAAUUUGUGCUAGAACAAUGGUAGUCAGUUUAAUCACAUCAUUUAGAGAAUUACAAAUUAACUGUGGUACAUUCCGUGUAUCAAGAACUUCACAGGAAUUCAGUAGUUUGAAGGUAUAAUUCAACUAGAGUUAAUUUAACUAAAAUUUACUAUAUGAUUGUAUUUUUAUUUAAUCUUAAGGAAUUAGCAAAAAGAUUUGCUUUAUCAUUUGGUUUGGAUGCAUUAAAAAAUCGUGAAGCAAUGGCAGCUUUACAUCGUGAAGGUGUAUUAUUUGCAGUUGGUACAGAUGAAGGAAUUAUUCAAGAUGAUCCAUCAGUACCACCUCCACAUGUAGCAUUUUUGGAAAUAUUAGCCGAAUUCACCAACAAACUACUUAAACAAGAUAAACGCAUUGUGUAUGUCAUACGUUUUAAGUUCAUAACAUUGUAUUGUUAUUUAUACAAUUGUAUUAAACUGUUAUGUAUUUUUUUUAGUCUUAAUUAUUUGGAUAAGCAUAUUACAUCUGCAGUUCCCUCAAGUCGCAGUGAAGAUUGGCAACCCUGGGUGAUUUAUAGAAAUAGUUUAAUGCAUGGUGAUGCUGAACCUGGACCAGUAACUUCGCGACGGGCAUACACUCGUAGAAACAAAAAAGAAACAUGUACAUUUCUUAAUUAUAUUUUAGUUCAUAAACUAAUGCAAUUACCCAUAAAAUAUUUAAAACUAAUUUUUGUUAUUUAUUUAAUAUAUUUAUAGAUGAUGAUGAUGAUGAUGAAGGGUCUGAUCAAGAUUUUGGGUAAUUAAAACCAUUGACCAUUAAAUGUGUUUUAAAUUAUAGAUUACAUGUAUUUAUUGCUUUAAUGGUUAUGCAGAAAAUAGUUUUGUUAUUUUUAUAUACAUAUGCUUUUAUAAUUUUUAUUUUAUUAAAUUUUCAAUAGCUGUAUUUUUUUUUUUCAGUUAUUAAAUUUUAGCUGUUUAUCACCAAAGUCAUCUCGAAGUAAUUUUAUGCACCAUUGUGUGUUCCUAUCAUGUAAUAAGAUAACUUUGUCCAAUAUAUACAUUUGGUUUAUUGAAUUAUUUGAUUAGUUGAUUUUACCUUUUAAUUUAUUGUAAUAUUUUUUUAAAUGAAUGAUUGCCAUUUGUUACAAAUAACAUAGUAUAUCACAUACGAAAAAAAAUAAAUAUUUUUAAUAAUGUGUUUUUCUGUGACCACCAAAAAACAUAAUAUGAAUUACUAUUUAUUUGUUGCACAUGGCAAAAAGAAAAUAAUUGCAUGCAUUUUUUUUUUUUUUUGGCAAUAUUGCUAAUUUUAUUUGUAUAUUGAAAUAAAAUAGUUUAAACAAAUUAUUUUCAUUAAAAUAGUUAAGCAUGGAAUUUUAUUUUAGAUUUAAAAUAAUUAUAUAUGUUUUUAAUAUUCACAUUUCAUAUGUAAUAUGGUAAGUACCUAGCAAAAUAAUAUUUGUGUAGCUAUAAUAUGUGCAUUUUUAUUUAUUAAAUAUUUAAAAUAAAAUAAAUUAUCAAAAACCUCUAGGUGAAUGAGGGGUUACGAGAAGAUAGGAUAAGAAAUGAGUUCAUAAGAGGUACCUUAGGCAUGGCUUCAAUACUAGAAAAAAUGAAAGAAAAUAACAGAUAGUUUGGGUAUAUCACGGGGAGAAAGAAAUAUAAAGCAUAUGAAUUGUAAUGAAAACAAAUAUUGGGAAAAGAGGUAGCUAAAUGCAAUUAGAAUGAUUUGGAAACAGUUUGUGUAUGUGAGGUUAGUGUUAAGUAUAAGUGUUAAUUGAGGAUGGCUGAAACAAAAUAGUUAGGAUGAAAGCAAAGGAGAAGAAAAUAGAUUUGACCGUACCCUCAACACAAUAUAGCACCCUACUACCUAAACCUAACUCUCCUAAAUUUUCUUAUUAUCAAUGAGAUAUACUAGACACCCACAUACACACAACCAUCGGUAGCUGUAGAAAAUAUCUAUGUUAUAAUCUAUGUAUAAUAUAUAUACAUAUAGUAUAUUUUUAUUAUUAUAUUCAAAAGAUACCAGUUAAAAAAACUUACAUAUUUGGCAUAAUGGCUGGGCUACUGCUGUAGGUGAGAAGUUGGGAAGGUAGGAUGAGAGAGGAAUUUAAUGUAUGUCUGUAUACAAUGAUUGAACUUUGCUAACGAAAAAACGAUACUAAGCAGAGUUUGGUUAUAUAUGUUUUGAAAGGCUGUAAUAUUUAUGAUUUUCAUUAAAAUACUUGUAACAAAAAAAAAUACAUUACACUCAACUUUUUCUUGUUGACCACUUUAAUACAAUUUAUAAUUAACCUCUUUUUAAAUGUCUGUUGGGUCUUAGAAUUUUAUCCACAGAGUACCUACCUAACAAAUAAAAAUUACAUAAAAAACUAGCAAAAUUAAAAUAGCUUAAAUGUUAUGAACAUUUUACCACGUCCAGAAAUGGCCAAUAUAAGUUUUCUGUGUAAAUUUCAAGGUUUUAUGAACAUUUUGCACUGAAUUACAAAAAAAUAAAAUCAUUAUUUUCAUAAAUAUUCCCGCAAUUAUGAAAACUGCUUGGAAAGUCAAAAACUGACAUACCUAAGUCAUCAAAUAGAUAAAACACCCUUUUGGAAAGAAUUUUUGUACACAGUAUAAAAAAAUAAACCAUAUAAAGGUAUUCCUAUGCCAUUUCUUCCUAAAGAUGCACAUAUAAAUAUAAAUACUCCACAAAAUUUAAAAUUCUAAUAUCAACAUUGCGCACGAUUAGUGUGGACCCGGCUUAAAGUGUUAAUCACUGUUCAGAAUUUAUUAUAUCAAGUAGUAGAUUUUAGAUUUGAUAUCAAUUGGUUUUACCCACAGAUAUAUCCAUGGUUUUAUUGUGUGUGUAUUUUUUUCUUUGAGAAGUGAAGUAUAAUCUAUGUAAGUAUAUCUAUAUCUUAUGUUAGAAGUAUAAUCUACAGUAACUUUUUUGAAAGGUAAUUUUCUUUUGUUGGUGUAUUAGAGAAGUCAUUUUUUUUAUUAUCCAAGGAGUUUUCAAGAUAAUUUUAUUAUGUUAUGCUUAUGGUUUCUACCAGAAAUAUUACAAGAGAUCGAAUUCGUUUUUAAGUUCUUUUUAAUAUUACGCCAAUGACAGAGAAAGGUGACCGUUUUGUUAUUUAAAGUAUUUUUCAUAAUUUGGAAAAAUCAAAAAUGAAAUAUCCAAUAUUUUUUAAAUUAUAGCACAACGACUUCACGGGCAUAUCGUUUAAUGUCCAAUCGAUUUCUUGCUUUAGUUUUUUUGUGACCAUUGUAGAAAAUCCAGACUCAGAAUCAGAUAAGUAGUAGUGAAUGAAAUCAAAAAUGUCAUUGCUCUAGAUACAGCUCACGGAUAGGCCUUCGUCCACGAACACUAAAAUUCGAUUAUAUUUUUGUUUAAAAAUCAUGGCGUGCCAUUUAUUUUGAUCAUUAUAAUUGCUAUCUUAAAAGCGCUAUCGAAACCAAUUUAUUUUUGGGUUAUUUAAAAAAAAACUCACAUCCACCCUGUGGACACCCGAAAAACCAUCUACGGACCCCCGUUCCCAAGAGAACCUAUGUUUUAAAAUAAAUAAAUAACCGACCUAUAAGUUUCGUAAACAUAAUAAUUAUCUCGUGUCCAAUUCUAUUUAUCAUAUUUUAUGGUUAUAGCUAUUUUUAUAUCUUAUCACCAUACAUAGUGGAAGUUUUAUCUGCUAUCAGUGCGUUAUCAAGUGUGACACCAUUAAAUCCGCGUAAAUUUGGGCUGUCAAACUUUUCCUUGUGGAACGUGAAGCUUGUUAAUUUGAAUGUUAGUUAUUACUCAUUCACGGGAGAAAUUUAGUAGUAAAAACGAUGAUGUAUGAAGAUUUGUGGUUAAACAGUAUUUGAAUAAUUUAAAAGCAAAUUUCAUGAUUGGGGUAACAGCACCAUUAAAAGCGGUCUCUUUGCGCCAGUAAUUUAUUAUUGCGUUUUUGCGCAAAGUUUCCCCAUCACUUAUUAUUUUCCAUCCUAGAUUAAAUAAUAGUUGGUUUUUCUUAAUAAUAUUCCUGGAUGUUAUUCUGUAUUAAUUAUAAAUUAAUUUCAAUAUUAUUUAAAUAAUAAUAAAAUCAUUUUAACAGGAUUUAAUGUUUUUUUUUUUUUUUAUCAUUCUUCUUUGGACCUAUUCUCUCAAAUAAAAUACAUGUUUGGGUAGAAAUAAUUUGUUCUAAGUGUAAUUCUAGUUCGUAAUAGUACUGUUUUUUUAGACCUGUUUACAUUGCCUCAGUCACAAAAUUUAACAGUUUUAUAAAACUUUUCUCGAUGUUGGGCAAAGUGUGCAGACUCUAUGGGUAACUGCUACAUUUUUUAAAAAACAAAAAAAAAAAUUAAUUGGGAUAAAUUAAUUUUUAUGUCAUAAUAAGCUCAUGGGAACUCUAAAGAAUUGACCUAUAUAAACAAAAUGUUUUUUUUUUUUUUUUAAUUUGAUACACCUAAAAUGACAAAAUAAAAAAAAAUACUUGAAAUAUCGGAGUAAAGUAAUCUCAAAUGAUAAUAGGUGGUGGAUAAACCAUAAGUAGUUUUUAGAUUUUUCUGUCAGUGUAAUUUUUUUUUUCUACCUAUAGGACUCCAAUUAUUCAGAAUGAAGCACCCAUAAAAAAAAGAAGAUCAAGGAUUAUCAAGUAAAAUUUAAUAAACCUAUUGUCUUAAUUAUUUUUUAAUUUAAACUAUGUAUUUUUUAUUUAUCAUUAAGAUCAAUAAAAUUUCAAGAUAGUAGUCGCUUGGAGUCACAUUCUGAUGAAACAAAUUGGUCAGACACUAUUGGAACUGGAGGUGUUGGAUCUCGUCCAACACGUCAGUGCAUAAACCGUUCAAUACCAUAUCGUUAUAUUCAAGAAGAUGAUGAUGAUGAUGAAGUAUAGUAAUAAAUUUAAAAAAUUGAAUUCUUAUUUCAAUAGAUUUCAUAAGACUAUCUUUAAUUGAUAAGCAUUUUUGUACAAAUAUGUACAAUAUAUGUACAAAUAUUAUAUUAUACUGAUAUUAUUAUAAUUAGUAGUUUUGUAAAAGAUACUUUUUGAAAGUAUCCAUUUAAAAUAUAAAUCACAAAUACAGAU